UUGUAUAAGAAGUGGGGUUUAAGCUAUGGAUGGGUGGUUUUCCGAGGGUUUUUGACAUCUCAGAGAGAGAGAGAGAGACGGGGAGAACAACGAAGCCAUGGUUGCGUACGACAAAAAAGUUUUGAUUUUGAUGAAGGUGGAGGGAAGAAGCAAACAUCAUGGGGUGAAGAAUUUCUUGCGUGAUCGAUGAGAAUUCUGGGUUUUUUGUGUUUCUUAUAUUAGAUUUCUGGGCUCGGAAAUUUCCGGCGAGUCUCCGAUCUUGAAUUACCGGCGGUGAAUUGUGUUAAAGUUUCGACUUUCUGGAAAAAAGCAUGGGUUUUGAGUUGGAAUUCGGUUGAAUUUGGACGGAAAAUCUGUUAUUUGAAGUGUUUCAUUUGCGUGGGCCUUUGGCUAAGCUGCUGGGUGAAUGUGUAAAACUAUGGGUAUUUUAGACUAUAACUGUAAUCCUCUUUCAGUGUUUCGAGUGUUUUGAAUUCAUUGUGGCAUGGUUGGUAAGAUAUGGUGUUGCAGAAGAGAUUGGAUUAUGGAUUUAAUGGCUAUCGGGUGCCUCCUAUGCCUCGAUCUACAAGAUCAGCUAGGAAGAGAGGCGUCAAUUGGAGAAGAGUGGAAGGCAGCCCGAUGUGUUCGUUUGACUUGUUAGCUACCGUUGCUGGAAAGUUACUACUCGAAGGAGAAAGCUCGUGUAGUCUCGAGAAAGAUAGUGUUGAUAGGGAAAAGGGUAAUGAGGAUAGAACAAUGCAAGAAAAACCGGGAAAUAAUCAAGGUAGCUGUGAAAGGAAUUUCUUCCUGUCCAAGCUUGUCUCGCAGGCGCCUGUGUUUAGUAACUUCUCGUAUGAUAGUUUGUCGCCUAAGUCUGUAAUAACGACUUCCGAUAGCUCGGACAAGUUUGCUCCCGUGGAACAAUUGGUCAAUGCGGGAAGCAAGCUCGAGCCCGGAAGCGUAGAUAGGAAAGGAGAUGCGGGUGUGUCGGGCUGCAAAGUCUUUUCUAGUUGUAAAUUAGGUACCGGAGUUGCGAAACCUAGAAAACAUGAGGUUAAGGUUUCGAGUGAUACUAAGGUUUGGGAUAGAAAACCUUGUUCUACUUUUGUAUGUUCUGACAAUAGUGUAAAGAUGUUAACUUUGUCGAAAGAUCACAUUCCUUGCGGAUCUUUUCCCGCGAGUCGGGGUAAUGUAAAAUUAGGUAAUAGAGAUGAUGACGAAAACUCUUCUGUGUGCACUCAACCUAGCACCGCAAAUAAGGCCUUUGAGCCAGCUCUGCCUCGUAUUGGCGAUCAAAGGAUCGGGAAAUUGUUGGCAUCUGAAUACUGUGAAGUUAAUCCAAAAUCGAACUAUGAGGAACAUCGAAAUGCCGGUGAGGUUCUCGCUACGAAGCCUGCUUUGGGCAAUAAGAAGAACAAUCUCAAAUCCGAAAGGUCUCUACGAGAUUACCCCUUCAAGAAAAGGAAGCUCUAUGAUUGUAGUUCGGUGUCGAAUUCCAAUUCUGACCGAGCUAUAAGUAACGAUGGAAAUUGUAGCUCUCAUACGAAGGGCUAUAACGGGGAUGCUUCUAAUUAUACUCCUCCAACAGGUUCAGCCCAGAAAACAGCGGGGACAUCAACCUCUGCUGCCGGUGGGUGUGCGUUCUUUAGGACCGGUGAUUCCCAGGUGAAGCUCAGAAUUAAGUCUUUCAGAGUUCCCGAGCUUUUUGUUGAGAUUCCAGAAACCUCAACUGUUGGUUCUUUGAAGAGGACAGUCAUGGAAGCAGUGACGACAAUUCUUGGUGGCGGACUACAUGUUGGUGUCCUUUUUCAGGGUAAGAAGAUUAGAGAUGACGACAAAACCUUAUUGCAGACCGGAAUUUCUCGUGAUGAUAAACCCGAUACUCUGGGUUUUUCCCUCGAACCCAUUCCUCCUAAAGCUUCUUCCCUCGAACCCAUUCCUCAUAAAGCUUCUUCCCUCGAACCCAUUCCUCAUAAAGCUUCCCCACCUCCGUUUCCCGAAGAGCGUCCUUACCUACUUUCUUGCGAUACACCUCAACCACUAAGAAGGUACACGCCUUCUCCUCGAAGUAUGGUUCAUGAUGUUGUGCAACAGAGACCAGCUGAUACUCUCCGAGAUUCUUCUCCGGGAACGAAUUUGAUCAAUUUUAUUGAAAGUGAUCACGAUUCUGCUCCGUCCCCUCCUGACACCUCGUUAGAUAAAAGUGCAGCAGAAGAUUCGAGAGCGUUGGUUCCAGUUCCUGCAGUGAAUAUGGCGGAGCCCCAUGAUGUGGUUCCGGUGAGGAAACCGAAGCGAUCCGAGGCUGCACAACGCCGAAUUCGUCGACCUUUCUCUGUAUCUGAAGUAGAAGCGCUUGUUCAAGCUGUCGAGAAGCUCGGAACUGGCAGGUGGCGUGAUGUUAAGCUGCGAGCUUUUGACAACGCCAAACAUAGAACCUAUGUUGAUUUGAAGGACAAAUGGAAAACGCUAGUGCACACAGCGAGAAUCUCCCCUCAGCAGAGGAGAGGCGAGCCAGUGCCCCAGGAGCUCUUGGACCGCGUCCUAAUUGCUCACGCAUACUGGUCCCAGCAGCAAGCGAAGCAGCAGAUGAAACAGCAGGCCGAGACGUGCCUUCUCCUCUGAGAAAACACCGUGCUUGCUUCACAACACCGGGUUUGGAGAUGGUUGUUCUACGAUUAUCUCUCGUUACUCUGUACUAUAACAUCUGUAAAAAAAAAGUGCGACGGGGAAGUUAGAACCUAGUAAAAUGCAGUAUGUAUGUAGCUUCUUCACACAGUGAUUUCUCUCAUGCUGGGAGGGGGGGUGGGGGGUGUGGUUGACAUUACCUGUAAAUAAGUGGUUGCUGACAGGGAUUGUUUCUGGUGCCAGGGCCUGGCAUUUUACUUGAUCAAAAUAAGUGUUUUGUUCUUUUGGGGUUUGGGUAUUGUAUUUACUGUGCCUAAUAUAGAAGAAAGGCAAAGCAAAGUGUAGAGCAUAUUAUAUAUAUAUGUUGUAAGCUUUGAUUCAGCAGUUGAGAAACAUCAUCUGCUUAACUAAACCCCAUUCUAAUUGGGGGUUGGGUAGGCUGCAUACUUUUGUAUUUCUCCAUUCUGUGUAUACUUCUUAAUAACUUCAUCGUCAAUCUCAAUAAAUUCCAAUUCUUCA